AUGGCGUCUGCGGCGGCAGCGCCCGCGGGCGAGGCCUCCACCUCGGAGCCCACGGAGAGGGGGAAGCCCAUCGUCGUGCGGGUCAAGCGCAAGCCCUCGCAGACCCGCCCGGACGCUUUCUGGCUAGAGAUUAAUGAGAGGCCGGCGAAGAAGGCCAUGCUCGAUUUCUCCAGCCUCUCCAUCUCCGACCCACCCUCUUCCUCCUCCGCCAGUGCUAAAGCUUCAGAGGAACCACGAGUUAAGAAACUUCUUGUCCAGCACAUCGAGACAGUACACCAUUCUGAGGCUGUUGAAGAUGUUUUGCACUCUCUUUUGCUUGCUGACUCAAAUUCCAAGGAGAUAAAGAGCAAGACAAAGGAGUGGAAUGACAGAAUCAAGCAAGACAAAUUAAAUACUAAAGUGGACACUCUUUGUGCGAACAGAAACCAGAAGAGCUACGAUCAGCAGCCAGACAGAGGCAUGAGGAUAUGGGUAGAAAUGCUCGCUUUGCACAAAUAUGGAAGAAGUCGAAAAGGAGAAAAUAAUGAUGCUGAUGACUCAUUGAGAGAAAUAUGCCAUCUUUAUGAUGCUGUCCAAGUAGAUCCCGAUGAUGAGAAGCAUCAAGCAGAACCACGGAUUACCUCUUUCGAAGAGGGCGCUGUUCUAUGCAACUUUCUUCCGCUUAUACGGGAGUACUUGCCAUCAGCUGCAGAGGAAAUUGAGUCAGAUAUAAUUUCAUUGGCACAAUCAAAAGAUUCUGAAGUUUAUGAUAUCUAUACUGUCAAGGAGGUGGAUGAUACAAACAUGGAGGCCACGUCAGCAGCUUCAUAUCCAAGGUUACAGGUGGACGAUGGAGAAGAUGAAUGCUACGAAGAUGACUAUCCAUAUGACACAGAUGAUUCAAAUGCCGAAGACAAUCCACUUUAUGAUUAUCCCGAUGAAUUGUCCGAGGACGAGGAUGAUGGUACCAAUGAUGAGGAUCCUUUUGGAGACAAAGAAGGUUCUGACUCCGAGUAUGAGAAGGAAGAAGUCGAAGCGGAAGAGGAUGAAUAA